AUGGCCGAUGAUCUUUCGCAGUUGGGGGUGAGUUGGGUGGAGGAAUCGGCACUGCGUGAUGAAGUCGUGGCGGAGGUGGACGCCCAAGUUGUUGCGGAGGCCGCGAUGGAUGAGGCGGAGCUGCGCCGUCGUUGGGAAGCCCUGGGGGAGAUGGAGCACGUGGUUGCGGAGUUGCACUCGUUGGCUGCGCAGUCCCAAAAGGGUUCUGCGUCGUCGAGGGGGGUGGCGGAGGUGUUGGGAGGGAAAAGUGACAAGGAGGGGAAGAGGGAAGAGGAAAAUACCGCGGCGGUUCUCCAGUUUCGUCUGGCGAAGGCGCAGCGGGAGGUAGAAAACCGUGCAAAGCUGCUGCGCCGCUGGCAAGUUGAAAUGGAGGGCAGGCAGCGAAAACGUCUUGAGGAGGCAAAAAAGCAAAGACAGCUGGCGGGAAAGGAGGAGGAGGAGGUAGCGGCGGAGCGAAGGAAGAGCAAUGUUUCAGGCAACACUGCCGUGGCUUCAGCUGGUUUGCAUGGCGUGAUGGAUACGACGAGUAUAACUGCCGCGAUGAAUGUUUCUGGUCUUCAGGUGGCUUCUUCCUUGUCGUCUCUCAUAUCUGCUGCAUCGCCGCCAAAAGCUGCGGAUGACACACGGCGUGAACCGAAGAUUCCGCUAAAAGCCCGUGUCGUUUCGAAUGAUGCAGCGAAGGCGGCGCAUUCUCGCACUGCAACGCAACCGCAGCGGUGCAAUGGUAGUGGCAGUCAUCCGUCGGUGGCAAUGACGGCCUCCGAGUAUGCGGGUGGUGCCAUUCUGCCCUCGCUUUACCGCGUCACGCUGACGCGCUCGGAUUUGCGCUCAAAGUCCAUAAAAUACGCCGAUGAUGGCGAUCUUGACGUGUUCCACGCGCGACAGCAAAAACGCCGGCGGUUGGAGGAAGUUGCUGCAACCAUGGCAGCUUCACAUUUAGCCUUAUCGCACUCCGGCACUGUGAAGUUGGAAGCUGCUGGUAGCACGGGAUCAAUGAAAGUAAAGCAGGAAAACGACGAAAAGGGAGAAAGCGGCAACACUCUAAAGGAGGCGAUUGACGUUGAUGCGCUGAUGGAGAAGGUGGAUGAUGAUGAUGAUGAUGAUAAGAAUGUCAUGCGGCAACUGCUCAUGAAUUCUGGCGGUGGCUGUGAUAAUAACAGUACUGUCCAUUCUGUGAACCGGAGAGAACAUGAAACGUCUGUGUCGAUAUUCCCCGGUAUCUCUCUCUUAGCCAAUAUUUAUAACCGCCUACUGGAGCAUCAAAGGGAUGGCAUUAAAUGGCUGCUGCGGCUGCAUACACAACGGAUGGGUGGUAUUCUUGGUGAUGAAAUGGGACUUGGCAAGACGAUACAAGUGGCAUCUAUGCUAAAUGCCCUGCAUCAUUCACAGCAAUUGCGCGACCCUUGCUUGAUUGUAUCGCCCUUGACAGUUUUGCGGCAGUGGGUGGCGGAAAUGCACCGAUGGGCUCCAUACAUACGGACGUGUGUCAUGCAUGAAAGCAGUGCCACAAAUAUGAGUCGUGAGAAACUCAUUCAAUCCAUUCGGUCAACUCCGGCAGUCCUCCUUACAACAUACGCGGCUGUGCGGCAACACUGCCAUCUCCUACAUACGGCACGGUUUCAGUAUGUUAUUCUUGAUGAGGGGCAUAAAAUUAGUAACCCGGAGGCCACUGUGACACUUGCAGCAAAGUCCUUUCCAACACCGCAUCGUCUUAUUCUCUCAGGGACUCCGAUCCAAAACACAUUGAAGGAGCUUUGGUGUCUGUUUGAUUUUGUCAGGCCUGGGCUGCUUGGGACCAUGACAAAAUUUGUGGAGGAGUUUGAGGAACCGAUUAAUGCAAGUAAAGACGUUCGAGCAUCCCCUCUUGCGUUGGCCACAGCUGUGGAAUGUGCUCAGGCUUUGCGGGAGCGCAUCGCACCCUACCUGCUACGUCGGUUGAAGCGACAGGUCAUGAGUGACGCAUUGCCGCAGAAGUACGAGCGUGUCAUACGCUGCCCAUUAAGUGACGAUCAGUUGGAGGCAUAUGUGGAGUUAUUAACAUCAUCGAGAGUGCAGCGGCUUCUUAGCAGCACACUGACGAGUCCACAGCUGAUGGGUGGGUUGAACUGCGAUGGCCGUGAUGCAAAUGGUUGUCUACACAUUGCUGGGAUACGGUUUCAGUUGUUUCAGCGCCAAUAUCAUGGUGGCAUUCGUCUCGAGGCCUUCCGCGUGCUGAACGAACUGCGCCAGAUUUGUAAUCAUGUGGACAUUUUUCGAUUGCGGCGAGCCGCGAAGGAAAAUGGCGCGGAGUACUUUGACGACGACGAGGAGGAGGAUGAAACAGACGGGGUGGAUGGGAAAAAAAAGCGACGACGUGGGUCUCACAUGUCGCUACGCAGCAAUCGUUUAGUCAACUACUCGGGGAGCGGGAAGCUGCAGACGCUACAAAAAUUAUUGACGGUGUGGCAACGUGGUGGUCAAAGGGUGUUGGUUUUUUCCCAGACCCGCAUGGCGCUGGAUAUCAUUGAGAACAUGUGUGAACAAGAGGGGUUUAAAUACAUCCGCAUGGAUGGCAGCACAAGUGGCCAUCACCGACAGGAACUCAUGGAUCGUUUUAAUGAGGACGACAGCAUUGUUGCUGCGUUACUCACUACCCGUGUUGGCGGAGUUGGGGUCAAUUUAGUCGGCGCCAACCGUGUUGUGUUGUUUGACCCCGACUGGAACCCUGUGACAGACGAGCAGGCACGGGAGCGGGCAUGGCGCAUUGGUCAAACACGUGAUGUCGGUGUGUAUCGCCUUAUCGCAAGCGGCACCGUCGAGGAGGCAAUUCUUCGCCGGCAGCUCGCCAAGACGUAUGUGACGGAGAAGGUGCUGCACAAUCCGGCACUGCAGCGUUUCUUUCACCAGCAGGAGAGUCUCACGGAGACGUUUUAUUUGGGUGCGGAGUACGACAGCCGUGUGCCGGUGGGGAAGAAACACAUCCUUGCGACGCAGGAAAUAUCGCCCCUGUUGGAGGCAGAGGAGGAUGACGAUGGGCGUGAACAGGACGAUGGGGCAAAGGUGAUGCAGGAGAAGGGGGCGGCCGCCGUCUAUCGGGUGCGGGCAACGACGAUGACGAACAAAUUGAAUGCAUCGUCCACGCCGAGUACGUCGACUGCUGCGUCUUCGAGCAGGGCAGAGACGGCGCUGCUGCAGGAUCUCGUUGACGGGCAGGAGGUGCGUGUGUCGGGGGGAGACGCCAUUGCACGGCGUCUCGCACGUCUCUCUGCGGCACAAACGAUGCAGCGUGUGACGAACACAACGCGCACCAUUGAACAACAACAGGCCGAAAUGCGGAUGCGGGCCCUGCGAGAAGUAAAAGGUGAAAAUGGAGAUUGA